AUGGGGAGGGGAAGAGUGGAACUGAGGCGGAUCGAGAACAAGACCAACAGACAGGUGACCUUCUCCAAGCGCCGCGGCGGCCUCCUCAAGAAGGCUCACGAGCUCUCCGUCCUCUGCGACGCCGAGAUCGCCGUCAUCAUUUUCUCCAGCCGCGGCAAUCUCUUCGAAUUCGGCAGCGGCGAAAUAUAUAAAACAAUUGAGAGGUAUCAGAGUCAUCGAUAUGCUGCACAAGAGAUCACUGAAGAUAUGAAUGAAGGAAAAAAUUGGUACCAGGAAUUCUACAAGAUGAAAGUAAAAUACAACUCCCUUCAGUGCUCAUACAGGCAUUUGCAUGGGGACGACCUCGGACAACUUAAAGUGAAAGAACUGCAACAACUUGAGCGACAAGUUGAAUUGGCAUUGUCUCAGAUCAGGCAAAAAAGGAUAAAACUAUUGCUUGAUAGGAUUGAUGAACUGCAACAGAAGCAGCAGGACAAGGAGAUAAAGACCGCAACCACCCGGAAGCGCAAAGCCAUCGACGACAUGGACAUGAUGAAGGUGGAGAACCGGGGGCUAGAACAGCGGGUAAAGGACUUGGACGCCUUGCUGAAGACUGAACGGGAGGGCCGCUCGGCCGACCAGGUUAAAGCGGAAGAGGCUUUGAAAGAUCUCCAGGUGGCCCUUGACGCUUCCGGAGCUACUCUUAAAGAAUAUCAAGAUGGGGAGCCCGGUCGGUUGGCGGAAGCGCGCAAAGCAUUCGUCCGCUAG